GUACGUUUAGCCGUCAACGUCAACGAAGGAAACGAGCAAGCCACGAAGACAAGUACCGACUAGUUGAAUUCGACCUUGAACGUCAACAGUCACGACAUAGUUUACACCAAGGUUUUAUACCCUCUCUUUCUCCUUCCAGCGCUACUUUAGCGUUACUAUCUGUCGACGACAACGUCGAGCUCGCUGUCUUCGACGACGACGAUAAACACACUCUCUAGUAAUGAAGCAACAACCACCAUCUCCGUCGUCAGCCCGGUCCCCGCGCAAUCAAUUAAUUGGCCACCCAACUUUGGACCAUCAUCACUCCCAUCAACUUCAUCUCUCUCCCACUAGUACUUAUCCAUCGCCAAAUCCACCAAAAUCAGCCAAGAGUUCUGCUUUCAAAGGUUUACAAUCUGUGUUUCAGCGCAAACCACCCGAUCGUUCGCUGUCUUCCAAUUCUCUCCGCUCUUCCUAUUCGACUUCCAACGCAUCCGCCACAGACAGCCACAACCCCCAUCCAUACGCCGCAAUGCCGCCUGCUCCUCUACCUGUUGUAUCCAACAAUGAAUAUAUCGAAGACGAACAAGAAUGUCCUGUAUGUCUUGAACCGCUGAGCUUCAGCUUCAGACUUCCUGGAGAAAAGCCCCAUGUUGUACCAGAGUGCGGUCACUCUCUUCACGAAGCAUGUUUUACUGCUGUAUACGGACCACCACCAGCACAAUCUCGCUCUACAGUGCCUCGCAAAUCAAAUCUUGGCGUCUGUGGGGUUUGCAGACGACCUAUGAAGAUUGGCGACGGAGACAGCAGCAAAAAUAAUAAACUCGCCGCUCUGACCGGCAUGGGCGAUCCCCAUGCACCCGCAGUUUAUCCUGGCCGAGAUUUAUCAGGCACACGUUCCCGCCGCAGCCCAGUACCUCCUCAACCCUACGAUCCCACAGACGAUGACCCAAUAGACCACGCUGUCUCAGUCAAGUCAACACCAAGCGAAUCCCACUACAUCGUCGCACCUUCCAUCCAAGUCCGCCCCGAAUUUUCAUCCAUCACCCGGAAUGGCGAAGCUUGUCAACCUUUAACCUGCAUUGUUGUAAUCGAGUUACCUGCCAGGCGUGGAACAAGUCAUGUUCCGGGUCCUGUCAUGGCGGAUGCAUAUGGUGCUCGGAGUACUCACACCCUCUCACGAGCCGAUACAGAGAUGCCUCAUCCGUCCCAAAGACAAAGUGAAGUUCUGCGACGCCCAACCCAAACACAACGUUAUGACCCAUGUUCCGAGCCCUGGUCAUCUACAAAUGAGGCCCAGUCUUCCCAUUAUAGGCCGGGCCCACCAGCGGAGGAAGAGGAGGGAGAAUCGUCACCUUUCAACGCUAUCGUUGAGGACUUGCGCAACCGGAUAAUUGAUUGGAAGGGCCACGCGUUGUCUGGCCUCGGCCCCCUGCAAAUGUAUGACAUGCUAUCUGUCCGCCGAGAUGCCCUUGUGCGGGAGUUUUUCGUCUACCUCUUCAAGGAGGCCAUCAUUUGCGUUGUAGAAGAGAAAAAGCGGUCUCUUGGCCGGUUCCUGUCGUCGCCAGCUUUUAACGACACCUCGACUUCAGUUUCAGGGUCUAGCGCCCAGUCCAACAAGGGUGUCCUGCGCCUCAAGGGUCGCAUUUAUGUUCGACAUAUCAAGCGCAUCACGGUGAGCACAAGCGGGGAGAUGAGCCUCACGAUUGAAAUGGAGGAUGAGCGACUCGACUCUUUCAUUCUCGUUUUCAAAGAUCGCUCUUCCAUGGAUGCUUGGAGGAGCCAGAUCCAGGGCCUUGUAAACUCCUUCCAACAUCAAGCAUCACCACCGCAGCCGCCCAUUGACCGUGGCCUUGACAUGGAUGAGUUCGGGGGUUCAGGAAAGGCUGCGCGAAUGCUUAGCGGGAGCACUGCGUCCACCUCACCCAGCACCGUCGACAGUUUACUCCAGGGCUCCACACGCUCCACGAUGUCCUCAUUGACCUCCCAUGGUUCCGUGCCGCAACCUCAAUCUAGACAAAUGCACAGCAAACUUCAACCCCUCGGCGAGGACGAUGUACUUUCUCACUAUGAGACGCAUCCUUCAGGCCUGGUUGCACCGCAUGUAUCUGCUGGACCCUCCAAUUCACUUGCUCCCCUCCCACACCCGGCACUUGAUCUUAUCCUUAUCGUAUCACUACCUCCACCGAAUGCUCCCCGCAGCACCGCAGCGCUUAAGCUCCGCGUUAUCAAGGCAUCACUGGACUUUAUCCUCGCUGCUCUCGGAACCAAGGAUCGGUUGAGUCUCGUCACCUUUGAAGUGGGACCUGGUGGACGUGUGCGCAAGACGCCUUACCUUUGUGUUGGCAAGUCACUCAGCCGAGGGAGGCUGUCCAAGUUCAUCGAUGAGAUUGGCCGUCCAGAUGAGGGGCAAGAUGAUGAGUUCCUGGUGAGGGCUUCCAAAGAGGAGAAGACAGACGUUGUGACUGCGGUUAACCAUGGUCUUGAUGUUGUACUUCAACGCAAGUCUCGUAAUCCUAUCUCGGGGAUGGUCCUCGUGAGCGAUGCUGCAGACAGCACGAGACGUGCGCAGAUGGAUCUUGUCCUCGCCCGUGCUGAAGCUGCAAACAUGCCCAUUCACUCGUUUGGCUAUGGUCGCUCGCACGACCCUGCUUCUCUCUGGCUCAUGUCGAACCAUACCAGUGGGACAUACACCUUCGUAAAGGACUGGUAUGACCUCCGCAGCUGUCUCGCUGGCUGUGUCGGCGGCAUGAUGUCCAUUGGCCUCCUCAACAUGAAGCUACACAUGAAAAUUGUCGACGGUCAGCGUUUCCGCAUCCGCAAGGUCUCUGGUGGGCCUUCAUCCAUCCUCUCGACGGAUGGCCACAACGUCGACAUCGACGUUGGCGAGCUUCGCUAUGGCGAAUGCAAAGAGAUGCUCAUCGAGUGUGAGCUCGAUAACACCGAAACUCGCCGUCCUUCUGCGCAGAACGGUAAUCGCGCGCUUAAUGCCACGGAUCAAUUUGUGCAGAGCAUGGGUCUUGAUUCUUUGGCCAUUGAAGAUGGUGCCGAUCUUGUGGAUGGCAUGAUGGAUCGGAUGAUUGAUGAGGUUCCAGUGUUCGAGGUUGAUGGGUCUUUCUAUGAUCCCAGCGCAUCUAAACAAGUUUCACGCCUCGCCCAUCCCGUCCUCUUGACGAUCACUCUCCUUCCUCAAGCUACCUCUAUCUCGCCCAAGCCAGUCAAACCAUCAGAUCCUGUGAUCGUCCGACGUAGAAUGGAACUUCUCGCAUCCGACAUGAUCACGCGCGCUCUCGUCCUCGUUUCGAGGAAGAACUACCCCCAGGCCCAGAAGAUCAUGAACGAGACCAAACGCAUCUUGCACACUGUACUGCAAAGCAUCUCCAAAACACUUCCUCCGCCGAAUACCGAAGGCACGACGAUGCGUAACCGCAAGGAUAUCCUCACUCUCGCUGCGGUGCGUGCGAUGCAGGCCAUACUCCAGGACCUGCAGAUUUUGGCGGAGGCUUUAGAAGAAAAUGUCGAGCUGUUUGCACAUGACCAACGGAAUUUCGGUGCACAACAGGCCAUGAUAUUGCGUGACCAGAAGAGCUGGAGUGGACGCAGCGCUACCGAGCGCCUGUUUUGGACCAUCGACAACUCCAUAGAGCUGGUUUCUCGGAGUACCGAUUGGAUGGCGCGCGACUAAUACCCCCCUAAGACAUGAUCUCUUUUUCAUUUUUUUGUUCAUUUUAUUUCAUUUUCUUUCCGUAUUAUGUUCUGUCACUGGGUUCAUAUCUUAUUUGUGUUCAUGCUUUCUCGUUUUGUUAUGUUUUGUGGUCAUUCUAGUAUGGUUUCAACCCAUUACGUUCCUUCCUUUGCGCCACCGUCCUUCACCGUCCUUGUCCUUAAGUAUUACUCGGUUCUGGAUCCCCUUAAUGUAACCCCCGCGGUCUCGUCUUUAUGUCAAGAUACGCACUUUAUGAUUCCUCGGAUGUUUCUUAUUCCCUGUUUGUUACUUACUUAACUGUGCGACUUCUCAUGAUAUAUCCACGCCCGCUUCCCAUGGCUGUUUCCUUUAUUUCUUGGCCCAAGAAGUGGGAGUAAUGUAGUUGAUUGAUUACCUAGGAACGAAUGAAACUGUUUUAUCAUCAA